CUGAAGUGGAAGCUGCCACUAUCAAAGUCACAGAAAUGGAACAAACUGCCACAGAUCCUGACCAGAAGAAAUCUCUAGCAGCUGAUGACAAACAGGAGGAAGCAGAACACUGUGAGGAACCUGUCGCCCCUACUCCAGUCAGAGGAAGAAGAGGGAAGAAAACUGAAGCUACAGCACCACCCGCUGUCAGACAGACACCAAGAGGCAGAAAAGCAAAGUCUCAAGAAAGCCCCUCUGAUGAUCAACCUGAAAUGGCACCAGAGAAAGCUGUGGAAACAACACUGGUGACUGAGAUUUCCACUGAAGCUGUGAGUGACCAGACGUCUCCAAUAAAUGAAAAUGAUUCCACACCUGCUGAGGAGGAAGCUGUCGUGAAGCCCACAAGGGGAAGAAAAACCAGAAAAACACCCGUUGAGCCAACUGAAGAUGUGAGUGACGAGUCACCUGAAACGUCCAUUCCUGCUCUUGAAAAACCCAAAAGAGGGAGAAAGCCAAAACCUGAUGCUGUUGAACAAAAUGAGGUGGUAGAAGACACCGUUGUCGCUGUGGAGACCAAGCAGCAGUCUCAGCCUCCAGUCAGGGCUAAGAGGGGAAGAAAUGCCAAACAGGAAGAAGAAAAGCCAGAGUCUACUUCAGUGGAGACGACUAAAUCCCAGGAGCCGGCUAAAAAAGUAAGGAAAACCAGGAAGGCAGAGCAAGCUUCUGAAGAUCAACCUGAAAUGAUCCAAGAGGUUGUCACUGAAGCUGAAAUGGUGCCAGAACCCGAGAGUCAGCAGAGUGCACUAGUUGAUGUCGACCACGAAGCAAGCGACAGUGCAGCACCCCUGGAGAAGGCUGUGGUUAAACCCAAGCGAGGGAGAAAAGUUAAGCAACCCGAACCAUCAGUGGCCGAGCAGCAAGAUGUGCCGAGUUCUCACAGUGAGGAUGUUCCCCAAGCCGACAUGACAGAAGAAGCUCCAGUCAGAGGAAGAAGAGGGAAGAAAACUGAAGCCACAGCACCACCCGCUGUCAGACAGAAGACAAGAGGCAGAAAUACAAAGUCUCAAGAAAGCCCCUCUGAUGAUCAACCUGAAAUGGCACCAGAGAAAGCUGUGGAAACAACACUGGUGACUGAGACGUCUACAAUGAAAGAAAAUGAGUCUGCACCCGCUGAGGAGGAAGCUGUCGUGAAGCCCACCAGAGGGAGAAAAUCCAAACAAACACCUGUGGAACCACCUCAACCAGAGCAAAGUGAAGAUGUGAGUGACGAGUCUCUUCCUGCAGACGCUCAACCUCAGAAGUCCAUUCCUGCUCUUGAAAAACCCAAGAGAGGGAGAAAGCUAAAACCUGAUGCUGUUGAACAAAAUGAGGUGGUAGAAGUUGUCGCUCAGCCUCCAGUCAGGGCUAAGAGGGGAAGAAAUGCCAAACAGGAAGAAGAAAAGCCAGAGUCUACUUCAGUGGAGACGACUAAAUCCCAGGAGCCGGCUAAAAAAAUUAGGAAAACCAGGAAGGCAGAGCAAGCCCUUGUAGAAGCAGGAGAAGAAGUCCAAUCCAUUGAAAUGGUUGUCCCAGAGGAGGCUGAAGCUCCACUUGUUGCUGAACCAGUGAAGAUGAAAGAACCGGCUACUGUGGCUGCAAAACCCAAGAGAGCAGGGCGUAAAGCCACUGAGGUCCAAGAGGUCCCUGCCGCCAGCUCCACAGACAAACUUAAACGCGGUACGAGAGGAAAACGAGUAACUGAAGAGGGCGGAGUCGAGUCUGUAGUACCAGAGGAAAAACCUGAGCAUGAGGUGGAUGCUGAACAGGGGAAUAAUGCUGAGCCAGACGCUCCGGUCAUUAAACAGAGCAGGGCAAGGGGGGCAAAAACAUCUGUGAAAAACGAGGUUUCACAAGCCAUUCCGGCCAAGAAAGCCCGUCGAGGUGCAGCCCUUCCCCUUGAGGAGACUAAUGCAGAAUCCACCGUCCUGGUUUCAGAGCCUGCUUCAUCUUCAGUAAAACCAGCCAAAAGGGGCAGACGGGCAGCAGAUGAUGCCCCGGUGACCAGUGAAGUUUCAAGCAAGGCUGUCGUAGAAGACACAAAAACAUCCAAAAGAGCCGUCAAGUGGAAAGCGGACUGUGAAGUCUUUGAAGUUCCAGAAGCAACACCUGUGAAGGCAGUUCGGGGUAAGAAGUCCAAAAUUGGAAGCAAAGUCGACACAGAAAGCAAAAAUGUUCCAAAGGAUGCUGGCAAAACUGAAGAGAAGGAUCUCUCAGACAAAGUUGGUGAAGCUCAGCCCGUCAAGAAAACCAGGAGAGGGGCAAAGGUCGCCGAUGUAACCGCCGACGAAGCUGAGUCCACAAGCGAGGCUGACGCACAGCCCAAAACCCGGAGAGGAAGAACAUCAAAGAAAUAAAGCAUUUAUAUAUAUUCUUCGUCUUAAUGACUUUUUGAAUCGGUUGUUUUUAUUAGAUUGUAUGGCAUUUUAGAAUGUAGUUUUAUAGACUGAAAAUUAAGCACUGCUUUUUUUUUUUUUCCUUCAAUACAGCAGGGAAUCUUGUUGAACCAUUUCUUUUGUGACAAGUUGUAUGUUGUUCAUUUGUGGUUUUACAAAUAUCUUUAUGGUGGGAAAAAAGUAAUAAUUAAAUUUCUUUUUGUACAAUUGAAAAA